UUUCGGGAGCUGAUCGGCCUUGUGGAACUUGUAGUUUGAUUUUGAUGCUGAAGCGGAUUGAGUUGUGGUGUUGGUCUAUUGCCGGAAUUGUUGCUGUCGUCAUUUCUUUUUCCGGUUUCCUGAUCAGUCGAAAAGGGAAGAGGGGGGAAAAGAAAAUGCUUCUGUGUCGGAGGAAAAUGUGGCCUCGUGUUAAAGGUUAGAUUUUGCAUAUGUCUGAACAUGGGUAGUAGCUCAGGGCGGUGCAAGCUUUUGUCAUCGAAUUGAUUACUUUGAAACGGAGCAGAUGCAGCACAAGGAAUUACAUAGUUUCCUCUCGACCCGGAGCUUCAAAAUGCGAAUUUUUAUAGUUGGCGUUCAUUAUCUUAAGGGAGUUCUCAGAUGGUUCUUCUGAUAUGGAAUUGCGACUCCAGCUCGGCGGCAUCGACAUUUCAGGUCCCAGAGAUAUUCAUGUGGAUGCGAACAACACCUCCUUAACGAUCCAACUCAAGCAUUCUGGUUCCCUUAUGACGCUGAUGGAAACACAUUCUCUCUUUGAUAGGAUAAAGUCGGCCGAAACAAUAUGGUAUUUAGAUGACGAUCAGCUUGUCAUUAAUUUGAAGAAGCAGGAUCCCGAAUUGAAAUGGCCUGAUAUUGUGGAGUCUUGGGAGUCACUGACUGCAGGGUCAAUGCAACUACUUAGAGGAACGUCCAUUUAUAUUGUCGGGGACUCGACGGAGAUUAACCAGAAAGUGGCAAAAGAACUUGCAGUUGGUCUUGGGUACACGCCUCUUGAGACCAAGGAGUUGCUUGAAACAUUUGCUAAGCAAACAAUUGAUUCAUGGGUGCUUGCUGAAGGACAUGAUGCCAUUGCUGAAGCAGAGGGUGUCUUAUUAGAAAGCCUCAGUAGUCAUGUCCGGGCUGUUGUUGCAACUUUAGGAGGGCAGCAGGGUGCUGCUCGAAGAGCUGAUAAAUGGCAGCACCUUUAUGCGGGAUUUACUGUAUGGUUGUCUACAACUGACGCAACAGAUGAAGACUCAGCUAAGAAAGAGGCCAGAAGACACGUUGAAGAUGGGAGUCUAGGUUAUGCAAAUGCAGAUGUUGUUGUCAAGCUCCAAGGUUGGGAUGCCGAUUACUCCAAAACCGUGGCUCAAGCAUCUCUGAGUGCGCUCAAACGAUUAGUUUUAUCAGAUAGGAAGCUCCCAGAUAAGAAGAGCCUGUACAUAAGGUUGGGAUGCCGCGGGGAUUGGCCGAACAUCAAGCCCCCAGGGUGGGAUCCGUCAACUGCUGAUGAUUCUAUAACGUCUCCAGAUACAUUGUGAGAAAAUUCAAGUUGCCAGCACGAAAGCAAGGGCAAACAGAGAUGUCAUCAUCCGGUUCUUCUUGACUUAGUGAAAUCUAAAUAGUCAAUUCAUUUUACUGAGGCUCCUUUCUCUCUUUCCCCACUUUUGUUUUUGUUCCUUCUUUCUUGUUAGCGAUAAUCAUGAACAGGUCAAUGGGUCCAUUCCAUCUAUGCUUACAAACUAAGUUAUGAGUGAAUAUAUACAUGAAUAUAUAUAGGUGUUUUGUCUA